UAGUGGUAUCAAAGGAAAGAAAUGGAGAUCAGUUGCCAAGAAUUGGAGGAUGGAGAAGAAGGGAAAUUCUAGAAAUAAUGGGGUGGCAAGCAUGGGAGGUAGGAGAUUCUUUGAAGAUGAUCGGUAUAAGGGCAGAGCAGAGGAAGUGUCUUCGAACAGGAGACUAUCAAGUAAUGAUCGCACGAUGCAAGCAAGGGAGUCAGCGGAUUCAAGUGAUGCAGAAGAUCUGAAAAACAAGCUUACACAUGUUGAUUCCACCGAGGGUAAUGGUAGCGUCAAUGGCAUAGCAAGUAAUGAUAUAAAACAGAAACAAGAAUUUGAAAAAUCAGAAGACCAUGAAGCCAUUAGCAUCCAACAGAAUCUAAACAACAAGGAUAUCAGCAACCUAGAAGAUAGCAUUGAUGUUGAUACACAGGACUUUCCAGGAGAUUUGGAAGUUGCAGAUGCAGAAGAACACGAGAGAGAUGUACCUGAGGACGGUUUCUUUGGUGAAUCAGGUUCCAAUGUGGAAGAUAAAAGAGUUUAGCAUGUUUAGAUUGUGAUAAC